AUGCUCUUGCUGGCCACUACCCCGGACUUUGACCAGGCCGACGACGAGCUGGAGAAGGACGAGGAAGCCCUCGUCAGCUUCUGGAUUGGCCACUGCACCUUUCUUCUCCGCGCCACAGGGCUGACCGUCUUGACAGACCCCGUGUGGAGCCUGAGGCUCGGCCCGCUGGGGCCGAAGAGACUCGUGCCGCCGGCGUGCUCGAUCGAUGCCCUGCCGAAAACUAUCGACGCCGUCAUAUUGUCGAGCGCCUGUUACGACCAUUACGACAAGAACGCCGUCGCGGCCUUGGUUUCGCGCGUCACCGUGUGGCUUGUGCCGCUCGGCUUGAAGCAGGUCUUGGUGUCGGCGGGCGUGCCGGAUGACAAGGUCAUCGAGCUCGAUUGGUGGGAGGAGAGUGUAGUGAAAGGUUAUACGUUUAUAUGCACGCCCGCGCAGCAUUAUAGCAUCCGGGAUGGCGCACUGUGGUGCUCGUGGGUGGUUAAUGCUGAGCAUCACCAUUUCUUCUACUGCGGCGGGACGGGUUAUCGAGCCAUCGACAGUUCUGUCGGUGACAAUGGCGCAUACAUUAGCAGAUACAGUAUUCGAAGUAAUACUGCGUAUCCGAAUUGCCCAGCGUUCCAGGAAAUCAACCGUCGAUACGGACCAUGCGAUACCGCGUUUUUGCCCAUCGGUGGCUCCAAACCCCGUGUCUUGAUGUCAGGUGUGCAGGGAGAUGCAAGAGACAUGGUCUGCGUGCAUAGGGACUUGGAUGCGCAUAGAUCGGUCGUGCAUCGCUGGGGCACGUUUGCUUGUAAUGACGAGGGCAUGCUGGAUGCCGUUCGUUUGCUUGAGAAUGUGCUUGCGAGAGGCCCUGUUCCAGAACGUGAAAUUUCCUACUUGAGGCACGGUCAAAUGCAUGUAACGUAGAAAACAACCUGCUGCCACAAGACUCUCCACUAAAUACUCACCGCUGCCCACUGUUUCCGU